UCCAAAUUGCCAAGAUGCUUCUGCUCCUUUCUCUGGUCACUUGGCUUGCCCUGACUGCCUCUGAUGUCACGACAGACAAAGAAACUGAUCAAAGCCAAGAGUCGUUUCAGGACAUGCAGAAGAAAGUGAAUGACCUCUGGCAGAAUUUGCUCUACCCAGUAAUGCCUGGUAAUGAGACUGACGGGAUGAUUUACGCCACUUGUGAAAUGAAGCCCAGCUCCAAAAUAGAAGCUGACAAGCCACAAGUGACUGGACAAGUCUUAUUCAGACAGUAUUACUCAUCUGGAAGAUUAGAAGCCAUUUUUUACCUGGAUGGAUUUCCACUGGAUAAUAAUCAAUCUGGUAGAGCUAUACACAUCCACGAGCUUGGGGAUCUCAGCAAGGGCUGUGAUGCUACAGGAGGACACUACAACCCCUUCAGCGUGAAUCAUCCCCGGCACCCAGGGGAUUUCGGCAACUUUUUCCCUAAAGAAGGCAAGAUCAGAAAAUACAAACCAAAUCUCUUUGCCACGAUGUUUGGUCCAUACUCCAUCAUGGGCAGAUCCGUUGUGAUCCAUGAGCAGGAAGAUGACAUGGGCAAGGGCAACAACAAGGCCAGUUUGGAAAACGGAAAUGCUGGGAAGCGUCUGGCUUGCUGUGUGAUUGGGGUGUGCAACAAGAACUUGUGGGAAGAGAAACUGUCCGAGGUUACAGACAAGAAGAAGAGAGGGCUCAACAAAAGAACACAGAACUAGGCUGAAGUGAAGAUCAACACAAGGGUGACAGCCUGGGCAGCACAAAGCACCUUAGGCUGUGCCACUGGCCACCAAGAUACAUGGCUAAAGGCUUCUCAUUUCCAUUUACUUGCUCCUCUAAGAAAUGUGUAUCACUUCGUAGAGCAUCCUUUCUGUAAGCCCAUUAAUAAAAACAGCAUCAACUCAA